ACUUCUUCGCGGUUAUUCGUUGUUCGUGACGCGACGCUUACCGACGCUCGGCGUCGUUUCAUAGAAUUCUGAUUAACGAACAUUAGAAUCGAAUUAAGCUGUUAUUCUUACAGUGUGUUCAAAUAAACAACGAUCGAGGAGAUUCGAAGGAAGGACAACCUGAGAGACGCUUGAGUGUGCUUUGUGGGUGUCUGCACGGACGGUAGUCAAGAAAACAUGGAGAAUAGGCCGGCGCCGCUCCGUUCCAGGCGGGUCUGUCGAUUUUGCUUGACAGAAUCGGAACCACUUAACUUCAUUUAUGAAAGGGAUCCCAAUAAACCGUUUCAAGUACCGCUUACCCUGCAGAUCAUGUCGUGCGUCGCCAUAGAGGUAUAUGCUGCUGAUGGAAUGCCACAAAUGAUAUGUAACAUGUGUCGCUGGAAUUUGGAUCGUUCCUACAAAUUUAAACUUCAGUGCAAAAAAGCAGAUGAAGCGUUAAGAGCAUAUCCAUUGUCUGGUGUUUUGCCUAGACCAUUUCCACCAAUUCCAACUGAUCCACCUGAUAUGAACAAUAAAAGACCUUCUGAACAAAGGUCGCAAAAUGAAGGAGCUAAAAAGCCUAGAGUUGAUAAUGGUGACAGGGAAAGACGAGAAGCACGAGAACGAGACAGGGAUAGAGAAAGAGAAAGAGAAAGAGAGCGGGACAGGGAACGUGACAGGGAUCGUGAUAGAGAAAGGGAAAGGGAAAGAGAAAGAGAAAGAGAAAGAGAGAGGGAUAGAGACAGAGGAAGGGAGAGAGAGAGACAAGCAGAAAAACAGAGAGAAAACGAAGAGCAGCAUGAUUUUUAUGAAGAGGAGCAAGAUAAUGGUAGCGAAGGUGAUCAAGAGAUGAAUAACACUAAAGAUGAUCAGAAGUUAGAACCAGGUGAAAUAAGGGUACAUGCUUGUGAUCAAUGUGAUCGUACUUUCCCUCUGCGUCAAGCCCUUGCUUUGCACACUCAAAGAGCUCAUCGUGAUCGUAAUUAUAAGUGCACAGAAUGUGACCGCAUGUUCUUUUCCAAAUAUGAUCUUGGGAAACACAUGACAACACAUUCGGAGGACAAGCCAUUCACUUGUCCAGUUUGUAACAAGCAAUUCUCAAGAGCCAACUUGCUGCAGCGACACGAGAAAGUUCAUAGAGAUGAAUUGCGUUAUGGUUGCCAACAUUGCGAUCGUGAAUUCUUUACAACAGAAGAAUUAGAAAAACAUGAAGAUUCCAUGCACAAAAAAGAAAAACCCUUCCAAUGCAACAUUUGUAAUAAACGUUUUACAUAUAAGCAAGGUCUAGAACGUCAUGAGGUGCUACAUAAUGAAGACAAGACGUUCAAUUGCGAAUAUUGUAAGGAAGCAUUCCAUACAAGCACGAAAUUAGCUCGUCAUUUAACAACUCAUGCCGGACAUAGACCAUAUUUAUGUAAACUUUGUCCUCGUUCAUUCCUGCUAUCUCAUCAUUUAACUAGACAUAUGCGAACACAUUCUGUAGAAAAGCGUCACGUUUGCGAAGAUUGUGGAAAAGCAUUUAAACGUAAGGAGAGCUUAGAGGUACAUCAACUAACGCACACGAAACGCACGGGUAUGGGGUUGACAUGCGACGUCUGCCAAGAGUCGUGUCGAAAUAGGGCAGAUUAUGUCACGCAUAUAAAACAACAUAUAGAAGCUGGUGAAAAAAUGGGACCAGAUGGAUUACAACCAGACAGUAAAACAAAACUGGAGUUAGAUUCUGAUGAAGAUGAAGAGGAGGAACAAUACUCUGAUGGAGAUGAUGAUUAUGAACCACCAGCAUACAUCGUGAAAAAGCUUCCAAAACCAGUUAAGCCAGCAGAAAGUGAGGAGGAACAAGAGAGAUCAGAGAAAGAUGAAAAUCAAAAAGAGCAAGUUGUGUUUGUAAGACACAAAGACGGAAAUAUGAUCAAAAAGACAAUUAAAACAUUGAUGCCUAUUCAACGUAGGGAAGUACAGGAUCCAAAGUUAAAGCAAAGUCCACCUAGUAACCAACCUCAGUCGAAUGCAAAACCUUCACAGUCUAAGCAAAAUGAAGAAUCUUCGAAACCUUCUCGUGUAGACGAAACUGAAGCACAAGUCCAAAAAAUUGUUGCAUCCGUGUUUAAAGAACACAAAAUUCCGUUGAAGCAUCAAAAUGUUCAAGAACAAAAUAAAGAAUCUCCUACUACUCCAAAUCAAGCGAAACCCCAACAAGGUCAAAGUAACUCACAGAAUCAAGUUUCUGUUAAAGAUGAAAAAUUAGAUACAUCAUCUGCAUCGGCUAGUGGUACACCAAAAGCUAUAAAUACUAUUAAAGUAAUAAAGAGAAUCGUUGUAAGAAAACCGAGUGGAAAUACUGAAACAUCAACUAGCACAAGUGCAAUAAAGGAAGGAGAUUUGGCUGCAAGUAGCAGCCAAACAGUUGGCGGACAUAAAGUUACGAAACGAGUUAUCGUUCGUAGAAUCAUUCGUCAAGGCGACACCACGAGGGAAGUUAUCAUGAAUCCAGAUGGUACCAUAAUAGAUCCAGCAGAAUUAGCUAAACUGCCAACUGGCAAUGUUGUAAAAAGGGUUGUUGUGAAGAAACCUCUUGACAAACAUCAAAAUCUUGUUCAAGCUGUACUACAAUCAACCUCGGACAUAAAGCAAUCACCUAACACAGCAAAGAAUGAAACUUCGAUAAACGAGCCUUCCAAAUUUGAAUUAAAAACAUCUCAAUCCACAAGUGCAUCGCCUACAGUAUCAAAAGCAACUGUAACGACUGUAUCGAAACCUGUACUGAUACAAGGCGACCAAGAAACGAAAGAGAAACUAGAACAACUGGAGAAGAGAGUGGAACAGCAGCGCUUGAAAAUAGAAGAAUUGGAGGCACGUAAGCAACAAGAAUAUGAACCUACCGAGGAGUUGUCACCAGAACGCCACGACGAAUCUGACGAUGAGCAACAAUUGCCAUUGAAAAGAGUGUUUGUAAAGAAGAAGCAGAGUAUGUACGACGAAGAAAAAGAAUACACUGAUCAUGAUAUGUCAGCUGUUACAACUGCGACGGUAACAACAUCUGCAACAACAACUUCUACAACAAAGAAACCAGUUGAAUCUAAAGCGGAAACGGAAAAACCUAAGGUUGUAAGUGAAGUAAAGCAAACAGAAGCUGUACAGAAAGAGACUCCAGUAACACCAAAAUUGGUAACUACAGCAACAACAACAACAACAACAUCGACAGUUACUAAUGGUAGAAAACCAUUGAUAACCAGUUCCAAGGUUUAUGGAAAUAAGAAAAUUAUUGUCGUGAAGGCAGAAGAAACAAAUGAAUCGGAAGUGGAAGAAAUGAAUAGAGAAUUAUGUAAUAUGUUAGAUUCAGCUGAAACUGUAGCUAAGAUGCAAGAAACAGUUUUAAAUAAUCUUGCCCAAAUAUCUCCUCUUGCUGAAUCUUCUCAAAAGAGUUAUGAUGACAAGGCACAAGCCGGUCCUUCCAAUGCAAAUGACCAUGUAACAAAAGAAGAAAUUAUUGAAGCAGAAUCUCAGGAUCAAGAAAUGGAUAUUAAGCUGGAAAAUUCUGUUGCAAUGGAUGUAUUGGACACACAAGAAUCUGAUAUUAAAAUGGAACAAGCUGAACCUGAAGAGCAAGUCAUUGAACAACCUGAACAGAAUUCAAAUUUAACUUUAGAUGAACAAGAUCUUUCAGAAUCUACAGAUAUCUUUGAACCUUCAGACAAUGUGUUAGAGGUGCAAAAGAGUCAACUGUCAGACUCUGUGAUAGAACUUGACCAUGAGAAUCAUACGAUUAGUUUAAAUGAUGCUAAUGAGAGCCAGGACAGUCUGGAAGACAAACUUCAACAAAUGGAAGGAUGAAUUUUUCUUGUAUAAAACAAUUACAAGGUACAGUGGAUAUUAAGUGGAGCUGAGGUUUUAAACCUUCAAGUUCUAUCUUAAACAAGAGUGCACUUUUAAUUACGAUUUUAUAAAUUCAAAACUUUACCUGUACGCAUUUUUGACAGAUAUAGAUAACUAAUCAUUGUUUUAUCACCAGAUUUAUCGACCGAUCACGUAAACUUUAAGUAGUUUAUAUGUUACAACUGUAGGACAUCUAAACUUCCGUAUGUAUCUUUCAUUUUCUUAUGGAAAUUGUAGGUAGUAUUAUAUCUACUCCAUUGAUGACGACAGUAAGAUAUGAAAAUAAGAUAGUGCCUAGUAGCGAUCUUUUCCCUAUGUUACAUAUAAUGGAAAUUUCAUUUGAGUCCUAAUAAUCGGUUCAUUUUUUGCAUAUACAAGAAGAGUGUUGUCUGUAUCAUUAAACAAAACAUAAAUGAACAUUCAAAGAUAAUUAAAAGCAUGAAAAUUUUGGGUACUUGUUUUAAAAGUCUGAUUUAUUGUCUGGGAUAUGUACGUGUAAAUACCAGACAAAAGUUAUGUGUAGAUAUGUCAGGCACAUUUUAGAAAUUCUUUGUUUCGAGUUGUCAAAAUUCUUUUAUUGAGUUUAAUAUAAGUACUGAAUUAUAUUUUAUUCGUAUUGUUAUAUAAAUGACUCUGUUGUUGGGAACACACAAGGUUCUUUAAAAUGUUAAGCUUAACAUAACAUUUAUUCAUGAUUUUAUGAAACUAAAAUAGAAGUGGUAUAUAGAUUAUUCAAUAUUCCCUAAACAUUUAAAGCUAUGUAUCAAAUAUAAAGUAUGGUGUGUGAAUGUAACA